AGUCGGUCGCCUGCCGUGGUCGGGGAGGGGCGCGUGCAGGUGCCGAGUCCGACAGAAGCCCUCGCAUCGGCCCGUCGUGAGGGGUGGAACGUCAGAGAGGGCAGAUCAUAGUCUUCAGUCAGACUGACAGACAGAUGGUUAGUUAAUUAACGCUUUCACAAUGAACCGCUGGCCUAAUCUUUGACAAAGGAAGCUGACCCGAAGUACCAGGCCGCGUUGACUGCCUGUGCUGAGCCGGCGACUGUCCGCACUGAGUCGGUGGGCCAGAAGACAUGGAGGAGCGCAGCAGGAUUGAGGAGCGCUGGUCUGAGUACCUGGCCGCCCUCUACCAAGAGAAGAAAAGCCUCGAGGGCACGCCGCACACGCUGGCGUUCAAGCUGGUCGAACAGGAGAUCCAGCGCGUGCAGUCGGAUAUCCGCGCCGCCGGCAAGCCAGAGUCCAAGUACGCAGACGUCAUCCGGGAGAAACCGAUCCGCGUGACGUCCCGGAUCGUGGUGCCCGUUCGGGACCACCCGAAGUUCAACUUUGUCGGCAAACUGCUCGGCCCGAAGGGCAACUCUCUGAAGCGGCUCCAGGAGGAAACACUCACCCGAAUGGCGAUCCUGGGACGCGGCUCCAUGCGAGACAAAGUCAAGGAGGAGGAGAUGAGAAAGUCCAACCACCCGCGAGCGGCCCACCUUCACGAGGAACUGCAUGUGGAAAUCGUCGCCUUCGCUCCGCCCGCCGAGGCUUAUGCGCGCAUGGCCUACGCGUUGACGCAAGUGCGACGUUACUUGAUACCGGACAACAACGAUCAGAUUCGCCAGGAGCAGAUGCGGGAGAUGAAGCGCCUGGGUCUGAAGGAGGACGGCCGUCAGCCGGCCGGGGCCGAACACCGCGAGUCGACCGGAACUGAGGCUGAGGAGACGGCCUCGGGGUCAUCACCGGGUCAGGACGCCGGACUGCACUCACCCGAGGACGACCCCAAGUGUUCUGAGGAGCCGGAGCCGGCCGUUCCCGUGACCAGACCUCCUGCUCCGCUCCCCUCCGCUCCGCCACAGCGGCAGCGCGUGCUCAACAUCCUGGACCGGGCGCGGCUUAUCUCCGAGAGUUCGCGGGUGGCCAAGCUCACCAAGAGUGUCGACAGCCGCAGUUUUACCCUGGAUGGGGGCUACGAGCUUCCCGAGGCCUUCCUCGCUCCAGAUGGUCGGAGCCCCCUGCAGUGGCUGGGCCUCCGAGGUCCGAUGGAGCGACGCCGCCUGAGGCCGGCUCCCUACAUCAUCCCGAAGUAGACGGCGAGCUGACCUGGCCGCCGCUGACCCGGCCAGGUCACGGCCGGUGACCUCGGUCAGGUCACGCCCGGUGACCUCGAUCAGGUCACGGCCGAUGACCUCUGUCAGAUCACCCCAGUCCGGACACAGGGUCAGCUGAGAGACAACCGGGCUCAAGCGGGCACGUUUGGUUGGCGCCUCUCGUAAGGUGUGCUCAGAGGGUAUGAUGUCCCAAAUGGUGCUGAAAGUGGAGGCUUAUUGUGAACUUGUAGACAGACUGAUCGGACGGUCCAUGCGGUUGGCUGGUGGAACAGACUCGGUGCAGCUCUCUGGUCGUCGGGAAAGGACAGACACGGUGGAGAGGACCGCGCUGAGGGAAGGGAUUCCAACCAUGGUCCAUGUGCCAAGCUGAGGGCGCCUCGUUCUGGAUGGAAGACACAACGAAGUCUCACUCCGAUGAGAGGU